AUGAGCCGUAAAGCCCUUGGGUUUCGGCUUAGCAGCGCCCACAAACUGCAGCGAGACUGGAAUGAUUGGAAGCCCAGGUUGGUAUCGCGCCACCGGUGAGAGAGUCUAAAAUAGAACGGGGAUUCGCUGGGCCUAACAGCAGCUUCUUUAUUUAGCUAGCUAGUUAGCUAGUCAGCCACUUUGGUUCCCACACCUGAGGGAAAUGGCUUGAUAACAGUAGCUAGCCAGUAAGCAAGCUAACGCUCAAGCUUGAUCACGUUAUCCAAACUAGCUAGCUACGCUAACAAGGAUAACCAACACUUUGCGCAUUUAUUCUGACUCAAAACACAACCUGCCGCAUUUCAUUGCUAUGCUUUCCUCGUGUUUAGGUAGACAUGGCUAGCUAGUUAACCUAAUAUUAUUAGUGGUCAGAGAAGCCAAUGCUUGGCAGCUAUUUCGGUAACAUUGGAAGUGGUGUUAGCUAGUUAUUGCUAGUUAUUACUAUUAUUAGCCAAUAUUCGUUGUCACUGAGAUGACAUGUUACCUUCACUUGGUAGCCAGCUAGUUAGUUGGCUAACUGACGUUAGUUAGCUCAAAGCGCAAAUCUAGCCAGCUAACUAUGGCUAGUGUUCGUUAGCUAGCUAGGUUCUAACUUUCUUCACCUUUGUCCCCAGAGUGACUGGGCUUGUUAGAUAGCUAGCUACCAAUCGUUGGGUGGGGGUGGUUGUGCUUUGAUAACGCGGUAUCCGGAUCAGUAAACUGAUUUGACAUCAAAUGGUGUGCUAACGUAUAGUGUGGCAACUUUGGCUUUCAAGCUGGCUAACUAGCUACCUGGCUACGGAACGAUGAGCCAUCGGUGGGCAACGUUUGUCUUUCCUGCUGUCUUGUUACGUUAUCUGGUCAACAAUGAUUAGCUAGAUGACUUUAGCUUGAUAGUUCAUAUUGGCUACCUAGCUAUCGCUCAAAAAUAACUAACCAGAAGACGGCUAACUAGCUACUAUGUUUUAACACUUGCUAACUGAUUACUAUCCUGCUAUCUUUCCUAGUUGGCGCGGUACCACCCUUUGCCAGCAAACGAAAGUGAUUUAGCAAUGCUGUCAGCGGAUUGAAUUGCACAGGGACAUCAAUAAAGUACAUUAUGCAAGCUCAUCAGUUCUUGAUUAAAGAAAGGGAGGUGUUUUUAGAACAUUCCUUCAGUUGAGACCUGCAUUUGACGUUUCUGUUCAGACAAAUGCUCAUAGUCUUGUGGAAAACUAUUCAACAGUGCUGUACAUUUAGCUAGAAUAAUUUCUCCAUCCAUGUAUCCAGUUGUUUAAUCCUAGACUUGUAAACCAGAUUGGGGUGAGAUUGUCAAACUGUAGGGAGUGUGUCCAUAUAAGUUAUGAUGAUGAACCACUAUCUAUCAAGUACAAGUUGCCCUGGUGGAUUUCACUGACUGUGUUUGUGUGUCCUGCACCCCUGUGUGUCCGUCCCUCUGUCCGCCUGCUUCAGAGGCGACAGUGUGUCAGCAGCUAGCCAGGACGGUGUGAAGCGCAUCGCCACCAGAGACCUGGGUCCAGCUGUAUACGACCCAACAGCAGUGGGAGUAGCAACCUCGGACCAGCCUGUCUCCCCACCUCUCCUACACAAUGAUGCCUUCCCAGCAGACACUCUGGACGAAGGGGGUGGGUGUUACUGUCUACUGUCUGCAGCAUGUUGGUGUGUGUGGGCUGGGUGGGUGCUACUGCCUGUCUGCAGCAUGUUGGGGGGGCAGGGGGUGGGUGCUACUGCCUGUCUGCAGCAUGUUGGGGGGGCUGGGGGCCACUGCCUGUCUGCAGCAUGUUGGUGAUACUGUAUAGUGAUUUAAGUGCGCUAUGACUGUAACGCCCCUUGUGGGUUUCACUGUAGGCAGGCCUGCUAACCAUUGCUCCAGUAAGAGUAAAAGGGGAUUCGUAACAGGCCUGCCUACCUAGGCAGGGGUGCUGUGUAUUAUAGUAGCCUGGUUCUGGAUCUGUUUGUGCUGUCUUGACAAAGACCAUAGGAGCUAGCUGGCAAGACGGCACAAACAGAUCUGAGACCAGGCUUGGGUUAUUAUGGGGUCAGUGGGUUAUUAUGGGGUCAGGUUAGCAGUACAUGAGACCAGGCUUGGGUUAUUAUGGGGUCAGGUUAGCAGUACAUUUUUUUUAAUUUUUUGUAUUUUUUUAUUUAGCAGACGCUCUUAUCCAGAGCGACUUACAGGAGCAAUUAGGGUUAAGUGCCUUGCUCAAGGGCACAUCGACAGAUUUUUCACCUAAUCGGCUCGGGGAUUAGAACCAGCGACCUUUCGGUUACUGGCACAACGCUCUUAACCACUAAGCUACCUGCCGCCGGGUUAUUAUGGGGUCAGGUUAGCAGUACAUGAGACCAGGCUUGGGUUAUUAUGGGGUCAGGUUAGCAGUACAUGAGACCAGGCUUGGGUUAUUAUGGGGUCAGGUUAGCAGUACAUGAGACCAGGCUUGGGUUAUUAUGGGGUCAGGUUAGCAGUACAUGAGACCAGGCUUGGGUUAUUAUGGGGUCAGGUUAGCAGUAAAUGCUGACAGCGGUUGUCUGACAUGGCACCCUAUUCCCUAUAUAGUGCACUACUUUAAACCAGAGUCCAAUGGUAACCUAUCCCCUAUUUAGUGCACUACUUUAAACCAGAGUCCAAUGGUAACCUAUCCCCUAUUUAGUGCACUACUUUAGACCAGAGUCCAAUGGUAACCUAUUCCCUAUAUAGUGCACUACUUUUGACCAGAGUCCUAUUUGUAUUACUGUAUCCAUUGUUGUGGUCACGUUGUCCAGAGGUGAACCUGUAGUCAGCAUGUCAUUGGACUGUAGACACCAUGUGUGUCCUGUGUAAAUAACUAAUAAACUAGUAUUAAUGUACUAUAUAAUGAAUAAAGGUGCCUUUUGGACACAUCCAGCUUCUCUCCCUCCUUCCUUCCUGGGUCCUCAGACUCAUGUUGGCUUAAUGUUUCUGUUGAAGAGAAAGAAGAGCACUCUCGUCUCGGUGCGUAUCUGUCCGGGGCAUCUGGAAGGAAAGCACUGCGCGUCCCCGGGUUCCCCACAGAUAUCUGCCCUCAUGGUAGAGAAGUUUGCGUCUCAAAUGGCACCCUAUUCCCUAUAUAGUGCACUACUUUUGACCAGGGCCCAAUGGCAACCUAUUUCCUCUAUACUACUACUUUACUACAAGGGCUCAUAGGGCUCUGGUUAAAAAAUAGUGCACUAUAUAGGGAAUAGGGUGCCAUUAGGGACGUAUACAAGGUGUUGGCCACCUACGCUGCCCUGUAGCCUAAGUAAUUUUAGUUACGGUGAUUGGUGAUGUCACACACCGGUGCUUGGCGUUGUACUUAAUCAUGUGCUGUGCGCGCUAGCAGCUGGUAUUGUAAUAAUGAUGCGUCCGCUUCCAGAGACUAGCUGUGCUUGGUUACGUUUUAUGUUCAGACCCUUGGUUUCGGUGUACUCCAGCACCAGUGUAGUGGACGCCAUGGCAUGCCUUAGCAUAGCCCUUGAUCAUGACUCUCAGUUCCAUUACGUUACACAUGAGUCAUUGGACAAAGGCGUCUUUUGUAUGGGGGAGUUUUGGUAAGAUCCCCGACGCUCAGUCCAAAAAUGAACAUGCAUCACUUGCGGUACGGUUUUUGAAGCGUAAGGACCUUAUCUUAAAAAAAAUUAUAAAAAAAAAUCAUGCAUACCAUGAUAGGGUUAGUGUUCCCACACGGCCAUAUCGCCAUGUUACAACGCUUGUUUACGGAAAACUGAUGGUAGACAGAGCUUGACCACCUGUGCUAAUUAGCCAUCUACCGCGCUCCUAACACCUGUGUGUAAUCUAACUGGGGAAGUGUAGUUUGGUCAGAUAGCUGUAUGGAUAACCAUAGCUGUAUAGAUCUGUGCAAAACUGCUGAUGAAAGAUGAGGGCCAUAUGUUUAAAAAGCCGUAUUGCAAGUGAUGGCUGUUGACCUUUCUGAACGGUUGGGAUUGUAUGUAAAAAAACAAAAAAAAACAAUGUAAAUGUAGUUCACUUGAGCCAGUCAUGGCAUGGGCCCUGUAUCCACCAAGCAAAUCAAAUGGAUUUGCCACAUGCUUCGUAAACAACAGGUGUAGACUAACAGUGAAAUGCUUACUUACGGGCCAUUCCCAACAAUGCAGAGAGUAAAAUAAUAUAAAAAUAAUAACACAAGGAAUAAAUAUACAAUGAGUAACGAUAACUUGGCUAUAUACACUGGGUACCAGUACUGAGUCCAUGUGCAGGGGUACGAGGUAAUGGAGGUAGAUAUGUACAUAUAGGUAGGGGUAAAGUGACUAGGCAACAGGAUAUAUAUUAAACAGUAACAGCAGCAUAUGUGAUGAGUCAAAAUAGUUAGUACAAAAAGGAUCAAUGCAGAUAGUCCGGGUAGCUAUUUGUUAACUAUUUAGCAGUCUUAUGGCUUGGGGGAAGAAGCUGUUCAGGGUCCUGUUGGUUCCAGACUUGGUGCAUCGGUACAAGCUUGCCGUGCAGUAGCAGAGAGAACAGUUUAUGUCUUGGGUGGCUGGAGUCUUUGACAAUUGUUUGCAUCUCAGAGUAGGCGUGCUGAUCUAGCAUCUGUCCAUAUAAUCAUAUUCAUUAUGAUCUAAAAGGAAAAACUGAUCCUAGAUCAGCACUGCUACUCUGAGGCGCUUUGUGGAUAUGGGCCCUGGUCAAAAGUAGUUCAAAAGAGGGUGCCAUCUCUGGCGCAGCCAGCGUUAUCGUAGUGACAGGAACUGUUCCUUCUGAGACUGCUGUGGUGGAAUGACCACCUCUUCCAUUGUGUUUUGACUGUCAUCCAUGGGCUCAUACAGCAGUAAUGGUGGUGUUCAUUUCUCUGUGCUUUGUUGGCUGUAUAACCAGAACACUCUCUGGUGGAACUAGCACUGUAUGCUUUCUGGUGGAAGACUAACGCUUUCUCUCCCCUCUCUCUCCACCUCUCUCCCUCUGUCUUUCCAACACACACACACACUCUCUCCCCUUUCUCGCCCCCCCCCCCCCCCCCCCAGGAGGAUAUGAAGCUGCAGGAGGGUUCAGUGAUACUUUUGGUUGGAAGUCGUUGGGGCAAGAGUUGAGGAUCAACGAUGCGACCGCCGAUUUGACCACUUUUCAGCAGCAUGGAAACCGUGCUUUAGCUUCUAAGGACAUGAGGAAAUCCCACGGUGAGUAUGUAGCCUACGUCAGGGGUUAUUAA